ACGCUCUUUUACGGUAAUCAAGAUCAUUUGCAGGAGAAAUAUAUGAAAUAACAAUAAACAAAAACAUUAUUGUUAUUUCAUAUACAGUUUCAUAUGAAGACAAACUGCAUUGCGAUUAUAUGUGGAACUGCCCCUUUAUGAAACGCUAAGAAGUGAACAAGGAAGUGACUGAAGUGGAAGUGAACAGCAGUUAGCUCCCUUCGAGAACAAACGCUUAUCACCUUAGUUUCUGAAAUUGUCUGCAGGAUAUUCACUGACUCUGAAAAAAAGGGUAUAAAUGCAGACAGUUUUCACUCCCUGAACAGAGAAGAAGAAUUAUAAAGGUUAAAAACACAAGAGGAAGAAAAAUGGCUGAAUCUUCAUCACCAACAAAAGGCAGAAAAAGGAAGAUGAUGGAUGAAGCGCAUACCUUUUCUCCUGUCUCCAGCAGUCUCCUGUCUGAAGAGCAGCUGCUGUGUUCGAUCUGUCUGGAUGUGUUCACUGAUCCCGUCACCACUCCAUGUGGACACAACUUCUGUAAGAGCUGCCUUACACAGUGCUGGGAGAAGCGUCAACCCUGUCAAUGUCCAUUAUGUAAUGAGAAAUUCACCAAGAAACCUGAACUGAAGAUUAAUACAACACUGAGAGAGGUUGCAGAUCACUUCAAGAAGAAAAGUGGUUCUGACAAACCUGAGGUUCUUUGUGAUGCCUGCACUGGAGAGAAGCUGAAGGCCCUGAAAUCCUGUCUGGAUUGUGGACUGACUUUCUGUAAAACUCAUUUAGAGCCACAUUAUCAUGUUUCCAAGCUUCAGAAACACAAACUAAUAAACCCUGUGGAGAACCUGGAGGACUACAUAUGCCAGAAACAUGAGAGAGCUCUGGAGCUGUUCUGUAGAGAUGAUCAGACGUGUGUGUGUCAGUUCUGCACUGAAGGAGACCACAAGAAUCACAACACUGUUCCUAUAGAGGAGGAAAGCAGAGAGAAGAAGACUCAGCUGGUGAAAACACAGACAGAUGUGCAGCAGAUGAUUCAGGACAGACUGAAGAAGAUAAAAGAAAUCAAACACUCAGUAGACCAAAGCAAAAGAAGCACAGAGAAAGAGAAAGCAGACAGUGUUGAAGUCUUCACUGCUCUGAUUCGCUCCAUUGAGAGAAGUCAGGCUGAGCUGCUCGAGGUGAUGGAGGAGAAGCAGAAAGCAGCAGAGAGGCAGGCUGAAGGACUCAUUAAAGAGCUGGAGCAGGAAAUCACUGUGCUAAAGAGGAGAGACACUGAGCUGGAGCAGCUCUCACACACUGAGGAGCAUCUCCACCUCCUACAGAUUUACUCCUCCAUGUGCAGCCCUCCACACACCAAGAACUGGACUGAGAUCAGUAUUAACACUGAUCUGAGUGGGGACACUGUGAGGACAGCUCUGUCUCAGCUUCAGAAGACUCUGAAUGAGAAAUUCACUAAAACACUCAAUGAUAAGUUAAAAGAAACAGUUUCCACAGAACUGAAGAGGAUUCAGCAGUAUGCAGUGGAUGUGACUCUGGAUCCUGAUACAGCUCAUCCAUAUCUCAUCCUGUCUGCUGAUGGAAAACAAGUGAGUCUUGGAGACAAACAGCAGAAUCUUCGUGAUACACCACAGAGGUUUAAUCGGUGUCCCUGUGUUCUGGGAAAACAGAGUUUCUCCUCAGGGAAAUUUUAUUAUGAGGUGCAGGUCAAAGGGAAAACUGACUGGGAUUUUGGAGUGGCCACAGAGUCCAUUAAAAGGAAGGGGAAGAUUAAACCAAGUCCCAAGUAUGGAUUGUGGGCUUUGGCCCUGAGGAAUGAGAAUCAUUAUCAGGUUUAUGCUGGUCCUGCUAUCCUGCUCAGACUGAGAGAGAAGUUGGAGAAGGUGGGGGUGUUUGUGGAUUAUGAGGAGGGUCUGGUUUCCUUUUAUGAUGUCAAGUCCAGAUCUCAUAUCUAUUCUUUUACUGGUCAGUCUUUCAGUGAGAAAAUCUAUCCAUACUUAAGUCCAGAAUUAAAUAAAGGAGGUAAAAAUUCAGCACCACUGAUCAUCUCUCCCGUAUUUAAGACUGAAUGAAUUCUCACCUCACAAAUUUUAAUCAUGAAUUAAGUAGUAAGAAUAGAAUUGACUAGUUUCAAUUUUCUUUUUAGAAAUACAUACUUUCUUUAAAAGUGCUGUACAGAUUAUAUUAAUACUUGUUUUUUAUUUGUAAUUAUAGAGUGUGAUUUUA